AUGUGGGAGGUGCGUCCAAGUGACCGCAUGGGCAGUUGCGACAGCGUGGACGCAGGUAUGUCCGAGCUGAAGUCAGUCGAGUGGCUUCAGGUCAGCGCGUCUAGGACGGCUCACUGCAAGGAGAUGAAUGACCUUGAGACAGCGAGGUCUUGGACAAUGACGCCAGACUGGCCAUAAUGGCUGUCCGCAACAGCUCCCCGCCAGACACAGAGCAAAGCAAUGGUGUCGAUCGUGAAACAGAUAAUAAAAUGAAUUAAUUUAUGCUGUGCACAUGCGUGUUCGAGGGCAUGUGCCGAUGAUGACAGAAAUAGCUCGGACCGCGUACGAUGGUGAUGCUGCGACGUGUACAGAGGUUUAGUUGAGGCAUCAACAAUGGGGGUGUUGGCGUGGCUUCGUCAGUGUGUGCCGGUGAGUUGGCUCAUUGGUAUGAGACAGAAUAACGUUCUGGACACAAGGCAUCCUGGUGAGUGUUGAGUCGGACGAAGGCGUCAGUAAAAUAGGCCAACCGUCAACCAGACACAAGAAUUGAGACAGAAUGAAGUGUCGAAAGUGUGAAAUUCAUCGUUGUACGCACAGUAGCAUGUUGAGUGUAUUAAAAUAACUCCCGAAUGAUGGUUUCGUUGAUAAUGGACUGAAGAAUGCCAUAGACAAAAGAACAAUAUGCUCAGAUGACAACAUUGACGGAUGACUGAUCUAUGCAAUUUGAUUUGGGUUUGACCUGGACCUGUAUGCCUGAGUUUUGUUGACAACAUCAAUCUCCAUUGGUGACGGGACGUGGGAAAUUUGCUUUUUCCUAUCCAUGAGCACAAUGAAUGCCACAAGAUUCGGACGACAGCCUACUGAAGGUCAAGAUCGAGCCGCUGGUUUUAAAUUUGAAGAUAAGUGGAGGAUAUUAUUUUAAGUGGUUUUUCUGUGAGACCUAACGAUUUUAGUACUUGUUUUUUUGGUUGAAUUUCCUUAAAUACAGGCCUCUUCUCUCAGAACUGCCUGCUGCCAUCUCCUUUGGAGUUCUGCUAGUCUAUGCCCGUUGUUCACUAAUCGCACUCUGCAAUUUUCAUUUUGUGCAUCCGAUUUCUCUCUAACUGUUGUAAUUUAUUUUUACAUCGUUAGCCCCUAGCUGAAAUUCAGUCAACUUGUCUGCCAGAAGUUUUCUUAAUCACAAAUUGCCUCGAGACAAGAUGAGACCAAAAGUCACUGAUCGACGUAAGCUCUCGGCUCUUGCAAGUAAGCAUGGCCUAACUAAACGUAAGUCAGAAGUUUUACCUAAAUCUAAGUCAGAUGAUAUUACUAGUCAGUCGUCACCCGUUGUAAUUGGUCGACAGCUUGAUCUGUCUGCACUUGACCACUGCAAUGACUUUAUGCUAAAGUUUGGCUCUUUGCUGACAAUUCUUGGACAUUUAUUCGACGGGAACAUCUCCGAUAUUCCCUCUGAAGAAUGUAGGCGUCUCGACUCACUUGUUCACCUGAUCGCCAGUGAAUCUAGUGAUAGACAGAAGCGUUCUUACAACUUCCUGCUAAAAAAUGUUCCUCGAUCUGCUCGGCCAAUUGAUGUUGCGACCAAUUUCCUGUAUUCAUGUGGUUUCAACUACAAAAUAGCCGAUGCCAAACGUUUGUCCUCCCGUAGCAAAAAUCCACCCAUCUUAGUCAAAUUGUUUUCAUCAAUCGAGGUUGACACAAUCUUUACCCAUCGAGAGCGUGUCACUGCGUACCUAGAAAAGGCAAAAUUUUUCCUUUGUUAUGAUCUUACUCCUAUGGAGCGUAGAAUCGGGUCUCUCUUCUCACGUAAACCCACUGCUUCUCAGUCUAAUGCUCCCCAACUCGGUCAUAAUACAAGUGGCCGUAAGGAUUCAGCUUCUCCUACUCCUGCGACAUCUGACUCCCUCCUUCCUUUUUCUCCUACGUCUCCAUCUCACUCAAGCCACUUGACGCAUUUGCCUGCCCCUAAACUUGCAGCAGCAGCAGCAGCAGCAGCAGCAGCAGCAGCAGCAGCAGCAGCAGCAGCAGCAGCAGCAGCAGCAGCAGCAGCAGCAGCAGCAGCAGCAGCAGCAGCAGCAGCAGCAGCAGCAGCAGCAGCAGCAGCAGCAGCAGCAGCAGCAGCAACAACAACAACAGCAGCAGCAGCAGCCCCAUUUGUCGUUUCGUAUCCUCCGGAUAGUCCCACUGAGACACAUGGAAAUCCGCCUACAUCAGUUAGACCGAUAA